CAAGAACACAAAAACAAUAUGGGUUUUACUAAAGAGUACCAAGAUCGGUUCUGUUCCACGCCUAAGCUUCCUCUGUUUUCAUAUCCAAUGAACAUGCCAUAUGAAACUCCGGGAUCAGCUACACCGCCCGUUAACAUCGGCGGAUCUGUUCCUUUUCUAUGGGAAGAAGCUCCGGGAAAGCCAAAGGCUCGCUCUUCCGUUAGAAAACCGCCGAGAUCGAAUCGCGCCGGAGAAAAAAGAGGAGCCGUCGGGAGAAGCUUGGACCUUCCUCCGAGACUGCUUUUGCCUGUAGAGUCUUGCAAAUCGGAAAACGAGCCUUCUCCGACCACUGUUCUCGACGGUCCGUACGAUUUGCGUCACCGUUCGCUGUCGCUUCCGAGAUCAGCGUAUGUAGUAAGGAAGUUGAGAGGUGUCCCUGCGCCGGUGCCGGCGAAGGAGAAGAGAUUGUUUGGGUCUAGUAGAUGGGGAAGUUUCGGGAAAUGUAAAGACGUGUCCGAGGGUAUAUUCGACUUUUCACGUUUUAGAGACGGUGGCUGUGAUUGCCGGAAGGGUUGGACCGGAGGAGUAAGUGAUUUCUCCGGCGACGGCGGUACAAAAGCGAAACUUUUUAGACUAAAAAGGAAAGGAAACCUUUUUAACCUCUCUCAUGCAACAAAGUCAGAGUUCUGGGAAAGGGUUUACGAAGGGUUUAAGCAAGUGAUUCCAUGGAGACGUAAGCAAGAGAAUCUAUAAAGGAUGGAUUCUUCCACUAUUUAAAUCGAUCUCUCUUAAAUUUCCUCUAAUUGAUCUACUAAAAAAUUAGUCAUCUCUUGUAUGUAUACUACUUUAUUUAUAUGUAUAUUCUGCUAAUGAAACAUCAUAUAUUAUAAAU